AUUAGGGAUCUUGCCACAUUGGUGGUCGCAUAUGGCAUUAGUAUUAACCUUGUCGAGGUUACCUGGAAGUCAAAGCUCAAAGCUCAGUUCCCAAGCCCCAACGAGUAUUCAUCUUUUAUGGGCGAUUUUUCAACUGCUACCGGAAUUGCAACUUUUACGAUGAUGUUGUUAAGCCAAUGGGUGUUUGACAAAUAUGGUUGGGGAGUGGCUGCAAAGAUAACACCAACAGUCUUGCUCCUUACCGGAUUUGGGUUCUUCUCCUUGAUUCUGUUUGGAGGCCCGCUUGUUCCUACUCUUGCAAAAUUUGGCAUGACUCCUCUUCUAGCAGCUGUCUAUGUGGGUGCCUUGCAGAACAUCUUCAGUAAGAGUGCAAAGUACAGCUUGUUUGAUCCUUGCAAGGAAAUGGCAUACAUUCCUUUAGAUGAGGACACAAAGGUGAAAGGCAAAGCAGCAAUUGACGUGGUUUGCAAUCCAUUGGGGAAAUCAGGUGGAGCUUUGAUACAGCAAUUCAUGAUACUCACGUUUGGUUCGCUUGCGAACUCAACUCCGUACCUGGGAGGUGUUCUCCUUGUCAUCGUUCUUGCAUGGCUGUCAGCGGCCAAGUCUCUGGAUGGGCAGUUCACUGAGUUGCGGCGAGAAGAAGAGCUUGAAAAGGCAUUGGAAAAGGCAGUAGAAGCUUUGAAAAUCCCUGCUGUGUCUCUCGGUGGAAAUGGAAACGGCUCUCUUUCUAGCAGUGGCUCAUCACUGAGCAACAACCCCGCCAUUGGGAGCGAUUCUACCAGUGCUUCUUCUGAACCCUCCUCCAAGAGCGCGUGAUUGUGCACUUCUUACAUUUGUUUCUCAGGAUCUUAAUUAGGAGUUAGGAAUAAUAAUGCAAUGGGUUGGUUGUGCUCAACUUGGAAACUCCAUUGUUU